AUGAGGGUCCUAAUACUACUCUAUGCAUUCUGUCUGGUUGGAUUAGGUUAUUGCGGCGAUUGUGUGCCUCCAAAGGACAGUUAUUGUGAUACUAAGCCAGCCACUCAACCAGAGGAUGGGUCUACUCCCUCAUCUGACCUAGUUUCCAAGGUUGAUGCCUCCCUCUUUGACAUCGAGGAGACAGAAGAGAAUGGCAUAGAGGUCCUCAAGUUGACCGCUAAGGAAGGCACUGUAGCCAAAAAACUCGAGUGCGAUGAGGAAGUAAUCUGGAGGAACUAUAGAGGUUCAUGUUUAUCGGCCAAAAUCUACUUUGAUGAAGGUAAACCGGAACUGGCAACAGUGCAGUAUAGGGAGAAUGGCGGGGAUCGCACUCUCUUUCUCUACCGCGAUGGCAAAGAGUGGGACUCAAACGAGAAGGUAUAUGAAAGGAAAAUGAAGGAUUUGAUAGAGAAACGCAAGCAUAGAAAUCCCGUUAUUCUUGAUCUUACCGAUCCUGAUAUGACAAAGAUGGACCUUUGUGGAGGCAAUUCCUACGGAGUUUCCUUUAAGGAAUACUCCCCAAACGACGACUUUUACAUCUCUGCCGUAUUAUACGGCAAGGAAGAAGUCUGGGAAGCCUUUGGGGUGGAAAGAUGUCUGGGUGCCAGGAUUUCUACAAGGGGAGAUUCAAUGCUCCUCGCGUUGGAGGUCAAGGACGACCAACAGAAAAUUCCCAAAUGCUUUGAGAGAGUAGACGGAAGCUGGAAAGAGAUUAGACUUAGGAUGUUUAAUGCGAGACUGCGAGAGUUGGAAAGGGGAACUAGACUUCGUUGCAAACUCGACCUACUCCGCCCAGACGAGGAUAUGAUACAGAGCGUUAUCCGUGAUAAUGGAGGACUUAUAUGCAGAAAGUACUUUCCAAAAGACUGUCCAGAGAUCGAAUCUGUUGUAUUUCUCAAGGAUUUACUCUGGGAUGCCUCUGAAGGCGAUACAUGCACGAGUGUAACUGUAGUGGCAAACGGGGACGUAAUUCUCCUAGACAUUGGAUUAGAGGACGCUCCAGUAGAAGUCAAGGGAUUCAAGAAAGUAGGCGACUCUUUUAGAGAAUUACCGACGGAGGAAUGCUUCAAGAAGGCGGAGGAAAUAAAGAAAUUAUUCCCCAACUCUGACCCAUUCUCGGAGGAGAUUCAAGAGUCCAAACCAACGAGUUCAUUCGUCUCCAAGGUCGACUCAUCCAUAUUCGAGGUAGAGGAAGUUGAGGAAGACGUUAUGACAGUGCUUAAACUCACAGAAAAGAGCGCCAAGUCUACCAACACGCUUUUAUACGACGGCCAAGUCGUUUGGAAAGGCAGGUACCCACACGACUCUUGUUCCUCAGCAACCCUUUAUAUAAAACCAAAGGGACCCGUAGGAGCUCUAUAUAGAUUCAGGAGAGGUGAAAGACUGAUGGAAGGAUACCGUAAAUUUGCAGAUGGAAAAUGGACUGCAGUCAGCGGCGCCGAGUUUAAACAGUUAAUGGAGGAAGAUAGAACAAUUCUUUCACCCACUAAAGAUACCGGAAGUGUCAUUCCAACUACUUUGGACAUCGCUAAACCGGACAGAAGAAACGUCGAGGUCACUGAGGAAGAAGGCGAGAACGGAGUCAAAAACAAAGACUAUGACCCCGUGAACAGUAGUGAGAUGAUCUUAGCCGUAGUUGAGGCAGGUACAAGCGUCUGGAAUGCCAAGGAAGGGGAGAGAUGUACAUUUGCGACACUCAUAGCAAAGGGCUCCGCAGCUCUCCUUGCCCUGGGAAUUCAGACCAACGGAGUCUCCAGCACAUUGUACUUUGAGCAAAAGGGCAAGGAAUGGAGAGAUCUUACAGAAGAUGAUUAUGAUAGGAAGCUUCAGGAAAUGAGAAACUCUGCACCUCCAUCAGCAACUCUAGUGUAG